AUGCCAGCGAUCGAACUUGACGUCAAUUCAAUAUUUCAAGAAACGACAGGAUUCAAAGGAAGAAUCUUCGCCGAUCCUACCCGAACUCUUUACCGUGAACUUGGGAUGAACAUUGAGAGUUUGGAAAGGACCCCAGCCGGCCAGGAGAGAAGAAGUUAUCUCGUGUUAGGUGCUUUUGCGAAUGCCACACAGAGUAUUUGGAAAGCCCUUAGACAUCCAUCGCAUGUCGGCAAGCAGGGCAAUUUUGCGCAACUGGGAGGCGAAUUUAUCUUUGGACCGGGAACUGUGUGUUCCUUUGCAUCGCGCAUGCAACAUACCGAAGAUCAUGUCGAGGUUGCAGACCUUCUGAAGGCUGCGAGCGUAGGCCACACAUAA